GCGGUCGUCCCACACCACCGUCGGAUGUUUGGGUGGGGCGGUCAGCCGUAGGCGUGGCUAUUUUGGCAUUCCGCCUCUCUCUCUCUCUCGCCGGCCGCUGCCUUCGCUUCGCUUCCACCGUGAUAUACCAUAGACACCCACCCCCACUCCUCUCUAUCUCCUCCAUCCUCCUCCUCGACCUCCCCUUCGAGCGAUUUCUCGCCCGGCAAAAUGUCUGGAAAAGGCGCUAAGGGCCUCAUCACGGCUAGGACUUCGGUCCCCAACUCGAACAAGGACAAGGACAAGAAGAAGGCCAUCUCCCGCUCUCAUCGUGCUGGUCUCCAGUUUCCAGUUGGACGUGUACACCGUUUGCUGAAGUCUCGAGUUGCAGCACACGGAAGAGUGGGGGCGACAGCUGCUGUUUACCUUGCCGCCAUUUUAGAGUAUCUAACUGCAGAGGUGUUAGAACUGGCUGGUAAUGCUAGCAAGGAUCUAAAAGUGAAGCGCAUUACUCCGAGGCAUUUGCAGCUCGCAAUCAGGGGGGAUGAAGAGCUGGAUACCCUCAUCAAGGGAACAAUUGCCGGAGGAGGCGUGAUACCUCACAUCCACAAGUCUCUUAUUAACAAAUCCUCCAAGGAUUAAGCCAAACUGUCAGUUUUUUCCUAACUUCUUCAAGCUUCAUUUCAGAUACAUGCUAUAGAUUGACAAUCAUGGCAUCAUGAUAAAGGUUUUGGCAAGUUCAUUAGUUAUUUUGGUGUAAUUAUGCUGAUGAUUAUGACUAAACCCUUGCUUAUGAUUUAUAGAGAUUUUUCAGUUCUGUUUUUGGA